AACAUUUCCUGCAUCUCACCGGACGACAUCUCACGACACCCUUUUUGGGAAUCACUGAAUCAGAUCCAUGUUGUGGCAAAGCCAUCUGACAAUCCCUCCGCCGCCUCGACCGCCUCAUCUUCUCCUCUUCCUAAUCCUCCUCCUCCUCUUCCUCCUCGCGGGCUGCAGCGUCUCCACCUCAGACAUGAGCACGGAAUAAAAAUAGCAAGGGAUUGCAAUGAAAAAGAGCCUGAACAUCCAUUGGUCUCAUCUGAAGUUGGGUGUGGAGCACAUGGAUUGCCUCGCUUGUAAACAUUGUGCGGUGCUGUGCUGAGUGCGUCUGCCUCACCAUCGGCUCCCUACCAGAUUCCAUCUCCCAGAUGUGAGCCUUUUUUCCUUCUAUUGAUGCGACCGGUGGUGCUGGUCAUCAUGGGAUGCGGCGCCUCUGUUGCCAUAGAGACACAAUCGGCAAGGGUUGAGACAGAUGAAGCAAAGACGCCCAGUCCAGCACUAACUAUGAAGGCAGCUGUACUGAUCCAGCGCUGGUACCGGCGCUACAUGGCCCGUCUGGAGAUGAGGCGAAGAUACACAUGGAACAUCUUCCAAUCCAUCGAAUAUGCCGGUGAACAGGACCAGCUACAGCUGUCCGGUUUCUUCAGCUUCAUGCUCGACAAUUUCACUCAGUUGAAUGGAGACAGGCCAGAUCUGAUUUCCCAGCUUCUGGAGCCUGUCGUUGACCCCCGGUUAGACCGAGAGGCGUGCUACGACUCCAUCCACGUUCCAGAGUCAUACAUCGGACCGCGACUGUCAUUUCCCCUCUCGGUGUCGGACACAAACGCACUUCUGAGCGCCUUCAAAGAUCAGCGGACUCUCCACGCCAGAUACGUGCUGCAGCUACUCUACGAGACCAAGAAGCUCCUCAAACAGAUGCCCAACGUCGUCCAGCUGUCGACAUCGUACACCACGGAGAUCACAAUAUGCGGUGAUCUUCAUGGGCAACUUGAUGACUUACUUCUUAUAUUUUAUAAGAACGGCCUUCCUUCUGCUGAGACGCCGUACGUGUUUAACGGAGACUUUGUGGACCGGGGGAAAAAGUCCAUCGAGGUGGUCACCCUGCUAUUUGCUUACCUGCUACUUUACCCCGACUACAUGCAUCUGAACCGAGGAAACCAUGAGGACCACAUCAUGAACCUCAGAUAUGGGUUCACAAAAGAGGUCAUGCAGAAGUACAAGGCUAACGGAUGUCAGAUCUUGCAGAUUUUUCAGGACGUCUUCAGUCUUCUGCCCGUUGCCACAGUGAUAGACGGGAAGGUCCUAAUUGUUCACGGGGGCAUAUCCGAUCAGACUGACCUCGACUUCCUCAGUGUCCUUGACCGGCACAAGGUUAAAUCAGCCCUGAGGCUUCCCAGACGCUGUUUGGAACAGCUGCACAUCGGUCAGUCCCUCAAGCAGAUGAAGAGAAUGAGAGCGACGGACACUUCUCGCAGUCACGCUAAAAACCAAAGAACCCCCAACCUGAGAAGAAGAAGUUCCAGAAUGAACCGGCAAGGCAGGUCGGCCUCCCCUUCUUCCUCGUCUUCCUCCUCUUCUUCCUCGUCUUCCUCGCUCUGCUCCCCACAAACUCCGUCGUGCUUCUCGCCUAACCCGUUCCCGUCCUCUCCCAAUAUGCCGUACGACAUCAACAUCCUCCAAGUGCCUUUCCUGGAUUCUGCGAUGUCCAUUCCGUCUCCUUUGCCUCCGCAAAAUGAGCAGGAAUGGAAACAGAUUGUCGACAUACUUUGGAGUGACCCCAAAACCCAAGAAGGCUGCAGACCCAACACAUUCCGAGGCGGCGGCUGCUACUUCGGCCCCGACGUCACGCGGAGAUUGCUGCUCCAACACGGCCUGCAGCUGAUUAUCAGAUCCCACGAGUGUAAACAGGAAGGUUAUGAGCUGUGUCACGGCGGACAGGUCAUCACCAUCUUCUCUGCAUCCAACUAUUAUGAGGAGGGAAGCAACCGAGGCGCCUACAUCAAACUGGGGAGAGAUCUGACGCCACGCUUCUACCAGUACCAAGUCAGCCGCUCAACACGCAAACUCACAUUGACUCAAAGAGUUCGAGUUGCUGAGAGCUCCGCUCUCCGGGCCCUAAAAGAGAAAGUGUUCGCCCAUCGGUCUGACCUCAUUUCAGGCUUCCAGAAGUAUGACCAGAAUAAUACUGGCAGUGUGACGGUCAGUGAAUGGGCUCAGGUGUUGGCGUCCGUCUUGAGGCUGGACCUGCCAUGGAGGACGCUCUGUCCGCAUUUAGCUCACCUGGCACCAGACGGCAAUGUGGACUAUAGGUCCUGCUUUGAGGAUAUGGGACCAGGGAUACAGCUGCCUCAGGUCACACCGAACCUGGCAGAGACUCUGUUUCGAUACAGGACAGACAUUGAGAUCAUAUUUAACAUUAUAGACAAAGACCAUUCAGGUCUCAUUUCCAUCGAAGAGUUCCGUCAUACCUGGCGCCUCUUCAGUGCUCACCUGGGGGUGGACAUCACCAACGGAGCCAUUGAUGACCUGGCUCGAAGUAUCGACUUCAACAAGGACGGCAGUAUAGACUUCACGGAGUUCCUGGAGGCUUUCCGCGUUGUGCACAAGCUGGACAACAAGGAUCAGCAACUCAAGAUAGAUAGAGCGUAGGGUGCAGACCUUUUGUUUUUAGAUGGUUUGUCUUUUAUCUGGAAAUGUAUUAUAUUAACUCAUUCACUGCCAGCCUUCCCAGCUAACAUGGACAUUUGACUUCUAAAGCCGUCAAUGGCGGUGACUGUGUUAAGAUUUUCUGAACUGUUGAUGAUUAUUAUUCAUUCUGCAAUGUACAGUACAUGUACAAAUGUACAAAAAGUAAAAAGGGCUUCUGGGUGAAAUUUUAGGAUGAACCUAACCUUCAUAGGUGAACGUAAUACAAAGGAUGUUUCAGUAUUUUUUGCACAACUUGCUGUUCUCUAAGCAGCAGCUGAAUGGCAAAAUUCACAAGGGUUUGAUCCAUGACUUGACAAAUAAAUGUCCUGGUUCUGUCAUAGAAUUGGUAUUUCAACAUAAACAGGUUGGAGUCCGUAUACUGGUAUCCAGUCAGCAAAGGCAUCAGUGUCAAAAAAAUGGGAGGCAAAAAAAAAAGGUGAGCUUAAUAAUCAAACAGGGUUGAAGUUUACAAUGACUCAGUGGCGAGAACAAGGAAUGCUGAAAAUGUGACAAGGUACAAGGAACUGGUAAUGAGCCACGAGGUCAAAUGCAUGAGGUAAUCGGGGAUAACGAAAGGUUCUUGUGCGUUUUAGGUUCAUCAUGAAAUUUCACCUGAAAGGCCAACAUGCUUAUUAUUAUUAUUAUUAUUAGGAGUAGUGUAUAUUCAAGCUUAGAAAUAGGGACUUUUUUUUGCUGGGAAUGAGGAAAUACGGCUCACCCCUAAAUUCCCUGAUAGUAUGUACUGUUGUGCCUUUAAAAGCAGCGAGGAUAAGCUGUCAAUUCAGUCACGCCCACACUUGCUUUGUUAGUUUGUUAGUAAACUAGUUCUGUUUUCAGCAUACUGUGGUCAGUAGGCUGCACCUGAUCAAUUUCUAGCCCUGAGCAUCAUACAUAGUAUAUGUGUUUAAAUGCUGGUUUACAAUAAAAGUACAGUGGAACCUCGAUGAAACAGA